UUAGAAGUUACAUACAGUUAAUUGAUUGAGAAAAAAUAAUGUAUAUAUAUUAUAUUUAUAUUAAUUUUUUGUUAUCAAAAUGUAUUUGAAUAUGCGAUACGCGAGUAAUAUAUUUUUACAAAUAAAAAAAGUAAAAACUUUCUAAUUGUAAUAUCAUAUUUAUUUUUUUCUGUCAAAGUCAUAUAAGACUUGAAGUGAUUAUGAUUGAAACAAUCGCAUAGUGUCAGUCGACAUUUUGAAACGUCCGGCGAAAGGCAAAAGUAGUAUUGACGGGAACUGUAAAGUAGAAUGAUAUUUGGUGGCAGAAAUCAUCAUCGAAAAAUGUGCAAGACGUGUUCAUUAAUUAACAAUAGACAGGAAAGCAUUCAUGUCGAAGGAAGUAAAGCUGUAUUAAUGAAAGAGAGAGAACCGUUUUGAUUCGUCUCCCGACGAUAUCGUUCGAUUCAAUCAAUCUUGUUAAUAUUAAUCAUGGAGUCGGAACGAACGCAAAUGUCUGAAAAAAUGAGGAAAGCUUCUGGCGAUUACAUAAAGACCAUUGAAGGCGGUAUACAACCGACGCAGGGCCUGGAGAUUAAAAUUUAUAAAAAAAGAUGGCUGAUGCUUAUCCUCUUUGUACUAUACAGUGCGAGCAACGCCAUGCAAUGGAUCCAAUACAGUAUUAUAGCGAACAUUGUGAUGCGUUAUUACAAUGUAUCAAGUUUCCUCGUAGACAUGACAAGCAUGAUAUAUAUGAUAACAUAUAUACCAUUAAUAUUUCCUGCUAGUUAUCUGCUGGAUAAGUUCGGUCUCAGAUAUGCCGUGAUUUUCGGGGCGCUUGGAACUGCCCUUGGUUCCUGGAUAAAGGUAUUCAGCAUAGCUACCGAUCGCUUCUGGAUUACGUUCCUUGGCCAAAGUCUGGUGGCAGUAAGUCAAACCUUCGUUCUGUCAGUUCCAGCCCGAUUGGCCGCUGUUUGGUUUGGGCCUGAUCAAGUUAGUAGCGCCUGUAGCAUCGGUGUCUUCGGCAAUCAGCUGGGUAUUGCUAUCGGUUUUUUAUUUCCACCGAUGUUAGUGCCCAACAGUGACAAUAUCUGCAACAUUGAAAGGGGAUUGCGACUUAUGUUCUAUAUCGUCGCGGCUUUUACGACGUUUGUGCUAGCUCUCAUAUUAGUCUUCUUCAAGUCGGCACCGCCUUUACCACCUAGUCCUGCUCAAGCUGUUCAAAGAGGAAACACCGAGAAUGAGUCGUUUUUUUGUUCUAUCAAGAGGCUGUUCAGCAAUAUCGGUUACGUGUUGCUUUUAUUCAGUUACGGCAUCAAUAUCGCCGUCCUUUACGCCAUAAGCACCCUCUUGAAUCAAAUUAUUCUCAAAUAUUUCCCGGGACAUGAAGAGGACGCUGGUCGUAUUGGCUUAACGAUAGUUUGCACCGGGAUGUUGAGUUCCGUUAUAUGCGGCGUUAUAUUGGAUAAAACCCACAAGUUCAAAGAGACAACGCUAAUAGUCUAUCUAUGUUGUUUCAUGGGAAUGAUAAUUUUUACUUUGACACUGGACAGCAAAGGGAUAUACGUUGUCUACAUCACGGCCGGCGUCUUAGGCUUCUUUAUUACCGGUUAUUUGCCGGUCGGUUUUGAGUUCGCCGCUGAGCUUACGUAUCCGGAACCAGAAGGAACGGCGGCGGGUUUGUUGAACGCAGUGGUACAGGUUUUCGGCAUCACCUUCACGAUGCUCUACGGUUUUUUAUUCGGAACAUUCGGUGACUUAUGGGCAAACAUCGCGAUGUGCAUCGGCCUCGGAAUCGGAACUUUGCUUACGAUUAUGAUACCCAACGAUCUGAGACGCCAAAACGCGAAAGUUUGACAGUUUAAACGGCAGUCAAUCGUAACAGGUAGCGAUGGGCUUCUACAGCUCGGGACGAGUGAUUUCCGCCUCGACAAUUCUCCCCGCGACACAUUGUCAUAGUCCAUUUGGGACUUAAUUUAUUCUUUACGAGUACACACUAUAUGCGCCAAGAGUAGCAUCGUUUUUCUCAAUCAUGUGUACCUAUCGAGGGAAGAUGUAUCUUUCCUGAAACUAUAAGAGUUCUGAAAAAGACUAGUUGAAGAUACUAGGAUAUGAAAAAUAUAAUUAUUUUUCAUGUAAGAUUCUCAAAUUUUUAUUUUAAAAUUUACAUAGAUAUUUGAUUUAGUGCUUAGUGUCCAAGUGCUAAAUCAAAAAUGAGAAAGCUAGAAAGCUGUGUUUUAGAAAUAAUGGUCCAAUUUUGUGUAAAAAAUAUUUAAUAGCCAGAUUUGCCAAAUUUAAAAAGAAAGAUAGGUAUAUAUAUUUUUGUUUCCACGCUAUACAUUCUUAGAUAUAAUGGAAACACAAAGUGUUCUAUUGGUACAAAUGAUAAUGAAAAACAAAAAUCGUUGGGAAACUUCUCUGGAUCUUGUUAGUUGGUCUUCUUUAUCUCAGGUAGGUUGUAGUAUUUAGAUAGCGUUAUGCAACAAUAAAAUAAUUAUGCCAAAAAUUGGCGAAUUAAUUUUAUUAUAAUUUAUUAACUAUAAAAAUUUGAAAAAAAAAGUUUUAGGAAUUCAUUAUAAAAUAAUAUAUUCUUGUAUCUGUCUAUAAAAAUUUUACAAUUUUACAAAUUUUGAAUUUUUAUCUUUUUACAUUUUCUUCAAUUUUUAUAUCUUUCUAUUAAUCUAUUUUAAUAUUGAUGAGUAAUAAGAAGAAAAACGAUAAAUUCCUUAUCUUGAAUUAACGUAUGUUAAAAUAUAUGUCUUGUUGUGUAACGUUAAUUUAGAAAAUGCCUAAUCAUUUGUACAAACUUUCAGCCGCGCAGAUAUUUGUUGCAGAUAGAUUGUAUAUGGAAAAGAUAUAGAUAAAAUAAUUAAAAAUGACAAGCCUAAGAAUAAUGACACUCCAAGUUAUUGCGAUAAUAUAUAAAUAUUAUAUAAAUAUAUAAGUAGAAAAGAGCAUAAAGAAUGAUAAUGAACAUGGAUUUCACCUCUGUUAUCUCGUGGCAUUAAUUAUUGUCGAUUAAUAUUCACUAUAAUAAUUGUUAUAUUAAAACGUUAAUAAUAGAGCGAUUGUAGUUUUUCGCAAUGAUAUGACAUGUUACUUUAUUGGCGUAAAAUUUAACUAUUCUUCUUGUAUUUAUUCUAUCCGGCAAUAAUGUAAUAUAUGUAGUUCUGAUUGUUACUAUUUGCGUGGAACUACUCGCUCGUUUUAUGUGAUAAAAAACUAUAACAAAAUAAAUUAUUUUCCUUUUUCGAAAGGCGAGCAAAAAUGUAGUUUUGUUAAAAUGUAGCUAUUUAUAAAUUAGAUCUGUACAAAAUCGUAUUUUAUCGCGGUAUACAAAAAAUGUAAAUUCUUGUAAAUGUAGUCUUGUUUUUUUGUUUAUUUAUCUAUUGAGUGUUCGAAUUGUUAUGUUGAACCCCAUUUUUAAUUGCUCAUUUAUCUUGGGACAUAAGAAAUCAUUUAUUAAAAGAAAAAUAUAUAUUAUUUACCUAUUGCGAAUAUUGUCGAAGGAUGAAUGUUUUAUUAAAAUGUAUAAUAUUUUUACGAAUUAGUUCGGGUUAAUUUGGCAGUAUCUAAUACAUUCAUAUUCAAAUCUGGAAUGUUUUAUCUUAAUAAGGAAAUCAUCAUACUUAGCGAUAAGAAGAUAUCCAACUGCGAGUAUAAAGCAUUUUAAAACUUAUAUGAUCACCUUGUGUGCUAUUAAUAUGAUAAUAUAUUUAAUAUUGUUUUUUUAAUACUAAAUGAGCUGUAUUUUGCAAUCGAUCGAUAUUAAUAUCUAUUUUUUCAAUUACCAAGAGAAAUUUUAAAAUAUCCGCCUUCGAACUGACAAAUAAAUUGUCUUCCAAGCGAUAUUUCUUCACUGUAUUUCUUAAGCUAUUUAUUGUUUUCAUAAGAUAGUUCUAUUUUAUAAAUAAAAUGUUUAAACAAUACAA